AUGCAUAGGAAUAAUACUAAAGAUUUAAACGCUGCAGAAUCUUCGUACAAUGAUAUCUUCACAUUACAAACAAAAUCGUUUUUUACUUCUACUCCGGUGAAUAGAAUGUUAACUGAAGUAGUUGAGCAGGAAAAUAAUAGUUCAGAAAUAAAUAGCUCAUUUGAUAGUCUGGAUGGAAGAAGAUUAGUAAAUAUUAAAUAUAUUUUUGAGUCUAUUCAAUCAAUAAAACAUCAAGGGUUUGAUUGCACAUUUCGUGACUUGGAGUUUAUAAAGAAAAGAGGAAAGGAUUUUGCAGUACUUUUUUGUUUUACUUGCAAAGUAUGUGGCACAAAGAAACUAUAA